AUGCCGCGUGUAGCUCCCACUCGCUGGCAUCAGAAACAUUAGAUAUCUUCAGAUAGCCGUGCAGAUUCCUUCAAAAAAAAAAAAAAAACAACACACCAACGUUGGCUAAAGGAGAGCUGCAGUCUGCCAAACGCACGUUGCAGAGAGGCAGUGAUAAAAGGGAAGAUCAGGCAGAGUCCAGCUGCUCUCGUACACACCGGACUCAAGGAUCAGCACCAUGAAGACCAGACUAGGCUGCCUCUCCCACAAGUCUGACUCGUACAGCGACUUCUCUGAGUUCCUUCCUCCUGCCCACGAAACCACGGCCAGGUGUCAGAAACUGUCUACUGACGAGGUUGUCCGAUGGUCAGAGUCGUUUGAUCAUCUCCUCUCCCACAAACAUGGGCUGGCCGCCUUUCGGACGUUUCUCAAGUCGGAAUUCAGCGAUGAGAAUAUCGAGUUUUGGAUGGCCUGUGAGGAGUACAAAAAAAUCAAGAGUUCGACCAAGCUGGUGUCAAGAGCAAACAAGAUCUUCAAGGAGUUCAUCGACAUUCAGGCACCAAGAGAGAUAAACAUCGACUACCGCACCAGAGAAAAAACAAAGCAAAGCCUGGAAGAUCCCACUCCAACCAGCCUGAACGACGUCCAAUCUAAAGUCUACAGCCUCAUGGAGAAAGACUCCUACCCACGAUUCCUCAGGUCCAAGAUGUACCAGGAUAUGGUGAACAGGGCGCACGCACAAAGUCAGCGGCGAUCCGUUUGACAAGACCACAGAGGACUGAAAACUGGACCUACACUGCAAAUGAAUCAUUUACCCUUUGAUAUCAUCUCUGAAUACUGUGAAUCUGCCAGGAUGGAGCAACAUGCUUGACUGUUUUCUUUGCCCACACCAGCUCCAUGCAUGCAAACCCCUGCAGGAAAGACGAGUCUGGAUGGACUGCACUGUAGGUAAAGAGAAAGAGAGUAGAUGAGGACAAGCGGUUUAUUUCCUCUGUAGUGCUGGGCGAUCUGUUUGAAUAUAUUUCAAUAGUAAGAAUUUCAGAAUCACAAAUACAGCAAGCAGCAGCUAAGGUGCCACAACACCUUCUUCAUCUUAGAGAACAAACAUUUGGCUGCACAACCGUAAGCACAACUUCUAUCUUUAAGCCCAAGAAAAUAAAUUCUAAUAACCUCAGAAUUUGCUGUAGUAAAACUUUUUAAAACUUUAGUUCUGUUAAAGAACUUUUGGUAUCAAUGUGAUCAAGGAGAGACGAAAAGUUGGAGGUUUUACUUUUCAUGAAUCUACAUCAUGUUGUCAUUUCAGCAAAUCUGAUUCACCUAAAUUGCAAAAAUGAUAAUAAAAUUAGCUUAUUGUUUGGGCUCAUACCACUGAUCUUGUCAAGCAGUCAUUUAACUCUAACCACCGGCCUCACCAGAAUCAAGGAAAUAUUCACGUCUGUUCCAAAGGCCAACAGCUGCUGUCAGAUCAUAACAGAUGCUGAAGGGUUCUGAGACUGAUCACUUGAUGACAUAGUUGUGGGUAAAAGUCUGCAAAAAACUUGCCUAAGAGUUUAUUCUAAAUGGCUUUAUUUGAAACCCGAGCAGUGGAUCAAUGUGCAGAUCACAAGCGAACUAAACCAUGGUCAAAACUGACCGUGUGGGAUCUGUUUUACUGAAACAAUUCUCCAACAGGUUGUAGAUAAUGUCAUGUUACAUUGCAGAGCUCCAGAUGGGGGGCAGGAAAUGAUACUGCACUGUCAAAAUGCCAACUUUUUCUUCUAUUUACAGUUGUUCCAACAUUGCAAAAAAAAGAGCUACAUUUAAGUCCCAAUAGUAGUGACACGUUGAGGCAAAAAGUUGAAAAAGCUCAGGGAGAAACGGGGGCAGACAUGGAUUAAAAGCCUCUGUCUACAGGCCGGAGGAGCAGAGUCAGACAAUGCUCACAUAUGUUCUGUUUUUACCAAGCAGUCUGGUAAAUCCUGAUCUUGCUUGUGUUUCAAUGUCUAUCCAGCACCACUCAUUACAAUGGACAGUCCAUCUCUCUGUAGAGAUCUGGAUCAUUUGGCCGAUCUCGGUUAUAAGAGCCAAUCUUUUAGGUCCCAAAUGGAGCUUCAUUUGGUAAAAGCUUACAUUUUUAAAUGUGUACUGACCCACAACAAGAAUUAAAGGAAGGAAACGAGGAGCUAGAGAGAUUGACACAUCAUAUCCAGUUACUUGCAUUUGUUUGAUUAACAAUAGAUGAUAUCACUACAUAAAUUCAUGUUAUUAAAAGGGAUGCAGCCUCAACAACAAGACUCUUUAACCUCCUAAGACCCUGCUUGUACAAAUGCCAAUGUUACAUUUUGGCUUUCCAACAAUGUAGAAAUAAUUUCUACUCUAAUUGAUUUUUCAGAUUGUUUUCCAGAGUGUGCAAUGAAGUUUAAGUAAUUUGUUUGAAACAUCAGGAAAAUUUGCGAUGAAAUUUUAUGGGAUUUUCAUAGAAAUUUGGGGAAUAUGUUUGAAUAUUUUUGGAGAGUUUAACUGGAUAUUUUGGGAAAAUUUUGCAACUGAAUUUUUUUUAGCAUUUUCAUGGGACUAAGGGACAUUUGCCUGGACAUUUGGGGGAAUUUGUUAGGAAAUUUCUUGGCAUUUUCAUGGAAAUUCUCUAAAUAUGUGUGAUUUUUAGGAAUUGUGAUUUAAAACUUUUGGGUGUAGUUUGCUUUUUCAAUUUUUAGGUAUUUUCCUGGAAAUAUGGGAAAGUUGUUGGUUGUUCUGAGGAAUUUUCCCUCAUUUUCAUGGACUUUUGUAGAUAUCAUUUAUACAUUUUUGGAAAAUCUAUAAAAAUUUAGGUUGAAUUUUUUGGAUUUCUUUGAAAGCAUUCAGGAAUUUACAUGGGGUUAUGGGGGGAAUUUUAUUGGAAUGUGUAUUUAAAGUUUCACUGAAACAUUUGGGAAAAUUUGAAAAAAUGGGGGUGUAUUUUAUGUUAUUCUUUAAAAAUACAUUUACAUUUCACAGACUUUUUUUUUUUUUUUGGCAAUUUCUUUGAAAUUUCAGGGAUUUUUUUGUGGAUUUGGAGAGGGAAAUUUCCAAGAAAUUCAGGACUUAAGGUCCAUCAUCAAAAAAGUAAUGAAAAGGAAAAUGACCUCUCUCUAUAAAUGGCACUAUUUCUGACUGAAGACAUUCAAUAAAGGCCAACUGGCCGAUACACAGUCAAAAUAUAUGCUCUAAAACCACCAUGAUUCAGUAGUACUGUUUUCUGCAAAACACAAUCUUUAGAAAAUUUGCAGAAAUAAUUUCACAAUAAUCAUGAAUAAGUGGAAUAAACUAAAAAUGCUUUCCAAACUAAGGUUCAGGUCAGGUCAGGUCAGAGCUUAAGGAAUGAUCUUUGCUUCCUGCCCCCAUUUGACUUUCAUGCAUCAUCAAGGUCACAUGACUGCAAACAACCAAUUCAACAUGGGGAUAAUGAACACAGAUCUCAGGCUAAGCUGUUACAGUGCAUAUGCUAUCAAACCAACACUUUUUGACCACUAUAUCUGUCACCCCCCCCAGUACCAUUACUAUAACUUCUUAUUUACAUCUAAAAACCCAUUCAAUCAAUUUUUUCUGGACACUUGGACCUGGCUGGGAGUCAGCUUAACCCACUGCGCACUGUUCCAUCUACUUAGAUAGAAUCUAACAGGCAAAAAGUUUAAAUAUGUUAUAGUGGUUGAACUGGACUAUCUUAAUAUCAAAGACAACAUGAGAACAAUGCAUAGAUAUCGUUAACUGUUGUGAUCGCCCAGCAUUACCUCUGCUUAUCUUCACCUCUUUGUGAAACAGAUGCUGUUGUAUGCAGAUGGAUAGACCUUUAGUGGUAGUUUGUGCGUUUACAACGAACAAUUCAAGUGAGUGAACACUUAAUAUCUAAAACUGUGCCAAACUAUAUUGCACUUAAUAUAGCUACAUAAUCCUGUGUGUUGUAAAUUUUUACAGGUGUUCUGUGUGACAUUAAAUGUGGAAUAUUUAUAAAGGGGUUAGGUUUAUUUGCUUUCAGUCCACAGAGUUCAGGAAGAACAUAUACUGUCAUACCUGCUGAAUUUUUUUUAUAUAAUUUAUGGAGCAUCUUUGGGACCAAAUAUUUAUAUGAGGGCUUCAAAAACUUCUAAUCAUUCGUAUCUCUUCUGUUAGGUUUGAUUGUAAACAUGUCCUUGAGUUUGAGAAGCAUCAUUUAAAGGUGACAUAUUAUAGCCUUAUUCCACAGUGCACAAAAGUCUACAUGAAAUAUUUGUUCUGUACUGAUGCUGUUAUAAACCAGCUCUUUAAAGUCUCAAGUUUGAGCUGACAUUGCUAACCUGACCUCCUAAGUGAAACAAGUUUUUGGCAGGCCAGCGGCUAAUGCCUUUACAUUAAAAGCUCAUACUUAACAUCUAAGAAGCACAACAGUGUGCAGUUUUAGGGUGCUUUCACAUCAGAGACCCGGUCUGGAUCAAAGGACUUUUGGUACCAGAUUUGAAUGCAACCGUGCCCCAGCACAGGAAAGAGACUUGCCACAUCUUUAUGGCAUCACUGUAACAACAGAACUUUGUCUGGUCAAGCAGUUUGUCCACACUUUUCUAAAUGCUUUGUGGAAAUCAUUGGAAUUUAGUCAACAAGUUGUUUGUGAUAACUUACCUUACCGAUGACCAAAUGUUGCAGCUGUAAGGUCAACUCUAAACAUCUCCUGUCUCUUCAAGAAACAUCGUAUCUGUGCAGCAGAGGUCCAGAUCAUCCUCUGAGCUGCAUGGUAGAUGUAGAGGGUUGUUGUUUGAAACUCAAAUAUGAUUUCAGAAAACAGCCAUUGUAGCAGAAUGGACUCUAUUGCCUGCAUGAAACGUGCAAUAGUUGAUCUGUUCCAUGACCUAUGACACUUUCAUGGAUGCUUCUUGUUCUUUCCUCUUCUUGGUGGAUUUGCAAACAAGCUGUGUGCAUAUUGCCACACACAUAUUGGACUGUGUACAUAUGCUAAUGUACUCUGGCAUAGAACGGCGUUACUAAUGUGAAAUCAGGGGGAGCAAUCACGCUAAUACUCUUCAAACAGUUUCACUUCCAUUGUAAGUAGAUUUGCUAUUGACAGUUGGUGCCAACCACUCUUUCAGGAGAUGUUUGGCUACCAGUCCUGCGUUGACGAGUUAGUUGGGUAUAAAAUGGAAGGCAGACAUAAAAGUUUUCCCAAUCUAUUGUUUGGACAUUUCCAAUUAAAGCUAAGUCCAGCUACUGCGGCUAGAGCAAUGCAAAGACUCUGAGCUGAGCAUGGAAGCAGAUCAGCUACCAUGCUGAUAGUAAUACCAGAAGAGGGGUGGGCAUCAUAAUUAUGAAUCUCAAUGUGAUUCUGAACAGACCAGAACAUUUUGUGUUUUCAGACAUAAAAGCACCAGUAACAAAAAACUGAGUUGAUUUAUUUCCCAUUUUAUGGGUUGUUAGAUUCUCCUGAUACCCAAAUUUAUGUGCAAAAAUACUAAAUAUGUUGGUUGUUCAUUAUAUGUCACCUUUAAUAUGAUUGUAUUCUUUGAACUGACAAACUGGAUUUUAGGAAGUAAAAGCUGUAAAAUAUUUCUGAAAACCACGUCAGUGGCUUGCAUAACCAUUGUGCUAAAAAUAGGUUUCAAUCAGCAUCGGUUCAUUAACCUGAAUCUGAAACUUCCCUCUGCUAACCCUGCGCUAAGUGAACUGAAAGCAACAACCCUCCUGACCCUCACAGAAUCUGUGCUGAAUUGUGCAAAAUCUUAUAUAUUUUCAGCAUGAUGCAAUACUCAGAAUAACUAUUUAGAUAUUCUAUGACUUGUAUACUAUGUUAUGAAAAUGGCUGCAAAAAAAAAUCUAUGUGUAGACUAAAGUCAUGAACAUGACUGCUGUGUUUGCUCCCUCAGCGUUUGCACUCCUUUUUGACUAAGCUGAAAAGACCUCCUGGGUAUUUCAGGAGAGAUAAAUAUUUUCUUUAUUGCAUGAGUUCUGUACCAGCCAUUCUGUUGAAGAAUAAAACAACAAAUGGCUGGAAAAAUACAGCUCUAUGAUAUUUAAUGUAACUGUAUUCCACAUGAAUGUAACCUCCCCCGUAUAUUUUGGAAUUAAAAAGA